AUGUCGGACCAGGAAAACCGUCCUUCUCGCGCCUAUUCACAGGUGUCGCAUGGCCAGUCUCAGCCUCAUGUCCACCACGGCCAGCAAGGAACUGCUACCCAAGCUCCCUCGCAGCCGCAGUACGCCUCCCAGUAUCCCACCGGCCCUCACCUUGCCGGCCAGAAGCCGCACGCCCAGAUGCAGCGGUCUCCCAGCUAUCAGGCUGGCGACGACACCGGCUACUUCGACUCCCGCGCAGCCAGCAGUGGAGGAUCGGGAGGAAGAGCAUACCCAUACCACGACGGUCGCGGAGGGAGUGUCCAUGGAUCGCAUUCCAGCAACUUUGGCUCCAGGCACUCGCAGCACUCUACCGUUAGCCAGGCCUCUUCCCAUGGCUCCUCCGCCAUGUCUGGAUACCAGCAUCAGUACCAAGCCACAAACACCCCGUCCCCGGGGCUCCAACAGCAGCAGCAGCAGCAGCAGCAGGCGGCAUACAACCCGCAGCAGUUCUCUCAGCCGCCUCCCACGCCGCAGCAGACGAGCUACAAUCCACAGGUCUUCUCACAGUACUCCGGACAGCAGCAUCACCCGCCGUUGCAGACCUACAACCCGGCCGCCUACCAGUCAUCCCCCUCGGUGGGCUCCUUUCAGUCGUCUCCCGGUGUAAACUGGUCUGCAGGCACGCCAGUUCAGUCCGCAUACCCUUCUACCUCUCCAUCUUACUUCCCUCCGUCUCAUGCCGUGCCCACCUCGCCCGGCCCCAUGUCAGCCCGUCCACUAGAUACCUACAGCGACUAUUCACUCCCUUACAGUCAGACAAGUCACCACCAUCCCACUUACCCGCCAAUUGCGUCUCAAACCACUGCCGCUACACCGGUAUCUGCCCAUCCUUCGUCAUAUUCGUCCUUUAACUAUCCUUCUUCACAGCCCGCAGUUUCAUAUGACACAGAGGCUACAAACGACCGUCUCAGGAGGUAUUCUUCCGCAAAACCCCCGGCGCAAUCCCCUGAUUAUCAAUACAUGCCCAAUCCGCCUCCACAUAGCUUGGCUUAUCAUGAUUCGGCGUACAUGCCUACCAAACAGGCCUCUUAUCCGGGGAGCCCCCCCCCUCCCCCGCCUCCUGCACAUCACAACUCCCAGUCAUCACCUCGACGCACGGACACGCUCACCCGUCAUCCCCAAGCUAGGCCGCUUCCGGGCCCGCCGCCCGAGAAUGAAGGACGAAAUGGUCGUGAGCAGGCAGAGCCAAGCUACGAAGAUGUGAUAAAAGAGGUAGAGGCUGCCGUAAUGGAAGGAAGGCCAGAUACCACCCGUCGACACAGUUCACGGGCGAGACGGCCUCUCCCACAGCAACCUCCCAUCCACGAAUCUGAUGAUGGGGCCUAUCCGACUUCCGCCAUAUCACCGGGUGUACAGCUUCUACCCGACGAAGUACAGACACAUACCAAUGGAGGCAACAUCAGUUCGACCGGAACGGGACAAUACGUCAAUUAUAACGCUUAUAGUGACGACAGUGAUGCAGAAGUGGCUGCUGGCUUGGAGGCACUGCGACUGGCAGACGAGGAAGAAGCUGCCAUGCGCGCAAGGCGCAAUACUCAUACAUCCACCGCAAGCUCGUUCGGUUAUCAACAUCAAGAACCGCCGCCACUACCUCCAAGCCAGCACCAUGCGGAGUCGAGCAGUGACAGUGACUUUGCUCUUCAUGACAUCGGACUCUAUGGUGGAGGGUAUAGUGCCGACGUGCACUAUGGUGAGGAUGCAAGAGUGGCAUCUGCGGGCCAGCCAGACAGCAGAGGCGGUACCUCCAAUCAAUAUGACUACCCCAGCAUCGAUCAGGACUCCAUACACCCCUUUCCAGAGAUCGAAGCUACCGCCAGAGUCGAUACUGUCGGUACCGGUGGACUCUCUGAACCUUCGGCCCAUCGCCGUAUGAGCUUCGAGGAUGGCGACGAAGCUGCUCUUAGAAGGCCUUCGUCGAUAACCAGUUCCCUUAGCGAUGUGCCGGGUGAAGGGGAGCCGCAAGACCUAUUUUUCCAUCCAGGAAUGAGCUCGAGGCCGCUACCACCUCCUCCAGUACCAGCUGGGACUCAGAAUCUACUUCCUCAUCUCAUGCCUGCAGGUACAUACCGUUCCAACGAACAUACCGGGCAGAUACCCCUGGACCCCUACAACAUGCCACCCUACCCAACCUCCCCCGACACAUACUCUCAUUCAUACUCUACUUCCGCCGUGCCUCGCUCAACUUCCCUAUCGGACCAUACAACAUCCCAUAGAACUGCGGAUGCCAUCAUCCGUUCAAAAACAGAUGCAGACAAGGCGAAAUCUAAACAGGCUGCCUACGACUCCUCCAUGUCCACUCCAUCAGUUACUCUCGAUCUACCUGUUCUCCCUGCUGGUAAGCGGAAAAAGUUCCAUCCCGGCAAAUUAUCCAGUGAACAGUUCCGUAAAUGUUCCGAGCCCUGGGCGAUCAGCGCCAUUGUGGCAUGGAUAAAGGACCUGGCGGAAGAUGAGGCGGAUCUGAAGGAGCAUUCGAUCGUUGAGGCAAUUGUUGCUUUGUUCACCCACAAAGUCCCAACCAUGAACACUGCCGAUGCCGAAACUCUUAGUGACAGGGUUGUCAAAAGCAUGUUCGCCGCAGGGGCCUUGAUCAAGGAUGAGGAAUGGGUGAAAUUUGGUCCUGGAACAUUAUCUGGUGUCCUCUGGCAGAUUACUGGUCAGGGAUGUUAUUCCUCCCGUCUGCAUAACCAGGAGUAUGAUAUUUUUGGAAGAUGCUACUCGCACCACUGCAUGAGGACGUUGAAGAAGAUCAAUCUGAAAAUGGUGGAGGCGCAGAAAAAGGCAGAAGACUGGGCAACGUUUUAUAAGGUUGGCAAGGAGGUCUUCUCAACCCAUUCUAAAAAGGAGAUUGACCGUCAAAACAACCUGCAUGAAAUUGUCACCACUGAAGACUCCUAUAUUGCACAGCUUGACGUCCUGCGAACUCUAUAUCGGGAUACCCUUGCCACAGCCCAGCCGUCCGUCAUCAGCCCCAAACGCCUUGAUAGAUUCCUUAGGGACGUGUUUGGAAAAGUUGAUGCGGUAAAAAGAGUUAAUGAAGAAUAUCUCCUUGCUCAGCUAAAAUAUAGACAAAAGGAGCAAGGCCCAUUCAUCAUUGGUUUUAGUGACAUUUUCCGAGAGUGGAUUCGAAAGGCCAAGGCUGCGUAUACUGAAUAUGCUGCAACAUUCCCAAAUGCCAAUUAUCUUGUGCGGCGAGAAGCUGAAUCAAACAUGCUGUUCCGCUCGUUUUUAAAUCAGGCACGUGAGAACAGAUUGUCAAACAGGCUAAGUUGGGAUACAUAUUUGAAAGCUCCCAUUACCCGUAUCCAGCGGUAUACACUGCUUUUAAACACCGUCUAUAAGAAUAUGGAAAAAGAUUCAGAAGAGAAGACAAACCUGCUACAGGCUAUCGAAGAGAUCAAGCUUGUGGCUUUGGACUGUGAUAACAAAGUUGGAGAAAUGACGAAGAAGAUGGAUCUUAAAGAACUAGGCGCAAAGCUGCAGCUAAGACCUGAAAUGAAGUCCAUCGUGGAACUCAACCUUGAGCAUCUCGGACGUGAAAUCAUACAUCAAGGCGACCUGCAGCGGCCAAGAACAAAGAGAUUCAACUGGGUCGAUAUCCGUGCCAUCCUCUUCGACCAUUAUCUUGUCUUAGCCAAGAUUGUGAUUCACAGAGAUGCCGCGGGCGUAAAGCAUGAAACAUUCGAUGUCUCUAAACUCCCUAUUCCUAUGGAUCUACUGACACUAGUAAGCACGAAUGACGACCCGGUCGUCAGGUCUGCUGUCAAGGGCAUCGCUCCAGCUAACCCCCGAACUGGCGCCCCAGCCGGCCUUGCUCAUGCUGCAACAGCCCCCCAGAUAAGUUCCCCAGCCCCAGGUGCAGCCGGGAGAUCAGUGACCACCACUGUCCUGGAAAACUCCAGGGAUGAGAAAAUCCUAUACCCGUUUAGAAUCAAACAUCUAGGGAAAAGGGAUGUUUACGUUCUUUACGCCCCGACUGCACAGUCACGACAAGAGUGGUGUGAGAAAAUCUACGAAGCAAAGACCAAACACGCCGCUGCUCUUUAUGCCCAGAAUGCAGAACCAUUCAGGCUUCGUGUACUUUCCGACUCGGCCUUUGCUUACUCUGACCAGGCCGUUCCUCCUAAGAGUGCUGUCAUCAAGGGAACUCCUCUCGAUAGGGCAAUUAGAGAGGUAGAGAAAAGAUAUGAACGUAACUUAUCUCGACCUUUGCCUGUUUGCAGGGCAGCCGUCAACUGCGCGUCUGUGUUUCAACAACCUCCAGGAAAAAUGAUGUGUGCUAUCGGUACAGAUUAUGGCGUCUAUAUCUCCGCAUAUGAUGAUCCUAGGGGGUGGACAAAGGGAAUUUCAAUGUUACGUGUCACACAAAUCGCCAUCUUUGAGGAAUUUAAUCUUUUCCUUUUGAUUUCCGACAAGUCCUUGAUCGGGUAUCACUUAGAUUCAAUUUGCCCCGGCAACGGUGCUGUGCAGCCUGAUUCACAGCGGCGGGCACCACAAAAAUUGUCUGGUAACCGAGAAGUGGGCUUCUUUGCCGCAGGACGCAUGAAGGACAGAGCAUUGGUAUUUUACAAGAAGAGAGACGGCAUUUCCUCGACCUUUAAGGUUUUGGAGCCGGUUCUUCAGAAGUCAUCGUCAAGUCGCUCUCGAUUCCUGUCCCGACGAGGCCAAACUGAAUUCUUCCGUGAAUAUGAUGAAUUUUAUAUCCCGGCAGAGAGCUAUGGCAUCAACCUGUUCCACACUUCCUUGGCUAUCUCCACCUCUAGAGGCGUUGAAGUUCUAACUCUUGACAAAAAGCAGCCAUGGUCUGUACCAAAUCUGAAGUCAGAGCAGGCGGAUGUCCAAUCCCACCUCACCAGCAUUGCAAACAGAGUGAAAGAUCUCCGCCCUCUUGGAAUGUUCCGCCUCAGCGACAGUGAAUUCCUUGUUGCUUUCCAGGAGUGCGCAGUAUAUGUUAACAAACACGGUGACGUUAGUCGGAGUGUCGUCUUGGAAUUCGUCGGCAUCGCGCAUGCAGCCUGCUUAUGCGGGAAAUUCCUUCUCCUAUUUAACGAAGAUUUCGUCGAGGUCCGAAAUGCGAUGAACGGCCGCCUUCGACAAGUCAUAGCCGGAAGAAACGUGACGUUGUUGGAUGACGGUGGCAAUGGAGGCAGUGGGAUCGACCAUCAUGCGAGCGCGGUAAGCGGCUCAAAUUUCAAUGACACGGCUUCCACUGCCACUGGUUCCGGACGUAACGGUCUCGGAAUAUCUACAGGAUUUGGCACCGCUGCCCGCACCGUCAAGAUCUGCAUGCAACACCCUGAACGUGAGAGAAGCCAGAUCGUACUGGAGCUAUUGGAAAACGAAGGACAGAAAGAUUAG